CAGAUCAUCCCUGCCCUGAUCCGAGGGUUAGAGCUGCCCAAAGUGUUGCCAGGCAUCCCUGAACGAGGAGGAACACUCGAGCAAAAGAGAGAGAAAGUUCACUUCAGCUGUGGGGAGUGCUGCUGCUGCGAGUGCGUGUGUGUGUGUGUGUCUCAGUGUUUGCCUUGUGCUCUCUCAGCAAGCAGACUGCAGACUCCUGCCAGAUCUGGAGCUCAUCUGAAAUACAUUAAAACCCUGGAGGAGAAGAAGAACGAUCCUCUGUAAUCUGGGCGCUCCACUCAGGGCUCCUAUUUGCUGUCAGAGGUACACCCAUACAUGUAGCUGCAGCAGCUCUUCUUCUUCCAAGAGACUCGCUGUUUUUUGUCUCCUCAAGUCUAAAUAUUUUCCCAGCUCUGGAGGGCAAGACUGGAGAGACGGGAAGAAGGAGCCGAGGCGCCUAAGGAAGAACAAGAAGAAGAAGACUGUCUCCACUUGAACUUGGUAAAUAAAAAACUUUAUUUUAAAGUUUUAAAAUCAGUCAGCGUGUUUCCUCACGUUAGUUUAGACCUCGAGUGAAGCUUUGUUUGAACUUUUCCAGCUCUCAUGGUGUCAUUUCUUCAUUUAGAGAUUAAAUCUGAUCUUGUUCAAUCCUGCAUGAGUCCAUCAGGGAUUAUUUUGUCGGUAAUCUUUCAAAUCUAAUUUAAAAGAGUGUAAACUGACUUUUAAAUGCACCGUUAGACUGGAUAAUCUGAGACAAAUCCAUGUCCUGAAGAUCUUCAGAGUUCGCCAUCUUGUUGAAAACUCUUUCAAACUGGUCUGGUCUUGUGACUUGUUCAGACUUUGUCGCUCAUUUGUCUUUUCUGUCCUCGUCUAAAUGAGAGAAUCUCAGUCUGCUGAUGCACGUCUCACCUUUGACUCUUUCCUAAUCUGGCGUUUUAUUAAAAAGGUCUAAAUAGCUUCUAUUUGUGAGCUCCUCUGUGUUUUCCUGACAUGAUCACAUAUCAGAGGUUGAGCUGCAGGGGAUGGCAGGAAUGUCUUACUCAUUUCACUAAAGAAAUGAGCUGUGCCUGUGCAAAUCCUGACGCUGGGUUGGGUUUGCAAGUUUUCCAGCCUGAGCACCAAUUUUUUCCAGGCAUGCACAGACAAUACUUGGCAGCAGAGUCUCGUUGGGCUGAAGCUAACUGGAGAUUAAAACAAGAAAACUAAGAAGCCUAUAGACAUCUGGAUUAACUUCUUUUUUUUUUCUCCUCUGCGUGUUUCCUCGUUUGUCUACACCUCAGGGGCGAGAAGCUAUCAGUGCGGCAGCUGCUUUCAAAGAGGAGGAACUCCACCUCGAGGUAGAUAUCAGCCCUAUCAUAACUCUUGGAGUGUGCAGAGGAGUUUCCAAGCACAAGUGAGCAGCAGUUCACGUAAAUACAGGAAACACCUGAAGGUUUUCGAAGGUUCACAGGAUAUACAGUCCCAAACAAGAGCGAAUCUCAGACACUGAAGAUCUUCUCAGCCGAUCAAAAUGUCACGCUGGGGGAGGAAAGAUGUGAAGAAGACCCCUGAGGUGAUCCGCACUGUGACCGAGGGGCUCAAGUCCCUCUAUCGUAAGAAGCUGCUGCCUCUGGAGCAGUACUACGGUUUCCACGACUUCCACUCUCAGAGCCUGGAGGAUGCGGACUUUGAUAACAAACCCAUGGUGCUGGUGGUGGGUCAGUACUCCACUGGAAAGACCACCUUCAUCAAGUAAGACCAUCAAACAGACACCUCAUUCACACACAGAUUCAUUCACAAACUAAAGCUCUCCGUGUGGCCGACAGGUAUCUACUGGAGCAGGAUAUUCCCGGGAGCCGGGUUGGACCCGAACCCACCACCGACUGCUUCACCGCCAUCAUGCACGGAGAGGUCGAGGGAGUCAUCCCCGGGAACGCCCUCAUCGUAGACCCCAACAAACCUUUCCGCAAACUCAACCCUUUUGGAAACACCUUUCUGAACAGGUGAGAGCGCUGACUCGGUUCACAGAGUGUUGUGUAAUUUUUCCACUGAGUGAGAAAUCAAGAUAUCCGUAUGACAUGAGAGGAGAGGAGAGAAAACAGGGAAGGCGAGAUAACCGACCGUUUUUUAGCUCUUUGGAAUUUCAUGUCCCUGCGCCAAAUUUCAGAGCAGGGAGGCACUUUCCUUAUUUGUGGAAAAACGGAGACGAGGAGCGAUAUCACCCGAGAGGGCGAUGAAAGGUCUGCGGCGCUCAGACAGGAACUGUAAUGUACGCAAGUUCAAAGACAAGGUCAGAGGGUCUCCACAGCCCCUCGGGGCAAAGACAAACACAUGAAGUCACGGACUUUGUGAGGCUUAGGUAACCCGUUAGAGAAACAUUCGAGUUCUUUUCCUCGUCUUUGUUUACUGUCUGAGACGCCAGAUUUCUUCUGUAUGUUUUUCCACAAGUGGGAGCCAAGAAAAAAAAGUCACACAUGUUGGACGUGAAACUGCUGUGGGUUUAUUUGAGAAACACGGAGAGAGACGCACUCCUGUUAGAGAGGAACUCCAGCAGUGUGAUAUUUGACGUGAGGUUUUCCGACCGUGUCCCUCUUUCCUAUUCCAGGGUGUGUUUUUCAACAUGUUUGCGUCGACUUCCCGUUCUGUGGAACGGUGGGCUCGUUAAGCUCAUAAGCCACAGGAAGUGGCGUUGUUUUUCUUAGCCACACUUCGUUAGCGGACCUUAUUGUUUGAUUCUGGCAGAGGUGGGCAUUUUCCUUCAGGAAGCCCACCGCAUUGAGAGGCCUGUCUGCACACACAAUGGUCAGGAGUGGGAGGGGUGGAGGGUGUGGAGAGUGCAGCUCCCAAUCUGGUCCUGGGAUCACACUGGAGUCUUUGAUAAGAGUUAAACGUUCCUCACAUGAUUGAAUUAUUCACAUAUUUUCCUUCAGAGUUAAUCGGAUUUUUUCUUUAUGAUCUUCUGACUCCUCUCCUCUCCUCAGGUUUCAGUGCGCUCAGAUGCCAAACCAGGUUCUGGAGAGCAUCAGCAUCAUCGACACCCCGGGGAUCCUGUCGGGUGCGAAGCAGAGGGUGAGCCGAGGUGAGAAAGGUGGCAAAGACGGCAGAGGUGAGGAGAGGGAAAUGUGGGGGGGGACCUGAAGUGACACGCUUCCUCCUCCGACGUCAACUCACAAACUCAUCUCCUCCUCGACACGCCUGGCUAACCCAUGGGACCAGUUUGCUCUGUCACAAUAACAACACUUGGCAGCAGCAGCAGAGCAGACAUCCAACCACAAUCAGAAACAGUCGCUCAAACAAACUCCAUCAGCAGCAGAUCUGGAGGAAUCUUAACACCACCGUCAUCAUCAUCAUUUCAUCCUUUCACGCUUUAAAUUACUCAUUAAACUCCAAUCAUUCUGCAUGAGUCACUAACACGUUUAAAGGGUCAGUACACCCAAACUGAAACCCACCGCUCCUCUCAGAUACUUCGUCUUUAUCAAGUUUUUUUUGUAGAUAUGCCUUCAUGAGAAAUUUGUCUCCACCCUGAAAGCAAUUUAGUUUGUGGAUUCAGCAUUAAUGAGUCUUUCUAAAUGAAGUGAUCCAGUUUCUGUUUGAGAGACAGAAGGAGAAGUGGUUCCAGUUCAGAUGUUGCUGCAAUCACAGCUGAUUUUAAGGCAAUUUAGAGACAGAUGUAGUCAAAGAAAACUACGACUAAAGGAGUUUUAGAGACGUGUAUGUAAGUGUCACAGAAAGCCUAAAACUCAGGAGGUUUCAGAAGGAUCUGGAUCACAUCAGAGGCAUUUAUGGAGACUUUUGUUAAACUUAAACAUCAGGAAAAAUACUGAGUGAAGGAUCCUCACAUGAUAUUGUCAGAUUUUACUUAUACUCUAAAUAAAAUAUGUCUGUAGCUCAUAAAAAUACUGAGUUGACAUCAGAAAUUAAACAUGUGUGUGUGUCAUCCAAAAUAUGGCUGACGUGUCCUUGGACAAGACCUAAGUCAACAUCUUCAAAGUCCGGAGGGGAGUUUGGGUGAACUGACCCUUUUUAUUCUGAUAAUUUUGGAAAAGCUGGAAAAAAAAACAUUAAAUUGGAUAAUUUUUAAAAGACCUGAACAGAUCAUUUCUCGUUUAAAGUAAAACUUUUAAAGCCCGGUGUCUACAGAUGAAGAUGAGAGGUGAAGAGUUUGAGUCUGCGUCCCUCUCCUCGUCGCUGUUUUUUCGUUAAGUUCAUUCUGCACAUUCGUAUUUAUGAACUUCUCAGUAAAUGAUCCUUUCUUCAUCCUAACAGGUUAUGACUUCCCAGCCGUCCUGCGCUGGUUUGCGGAGCGCGUGGACCGCAUCAUCCUCCUGUUUGACGCCCAUAAACUGGAGAUCUCAGACGAGUUCUCCGAGGCCAUCGGCGCCCUGAAAGGGAACGAGGACAAGCUGCGCGUGGUCCUCAACAAGGCGGACAUGGUGGGCACCCAGCAGCUGAUGAGAGUGUACGGCGCGCUCAUGUGGUCCCUGGGGAAGGUGUUUGGCACACCGGAGGUUCUGCGAGUCUACAUCGGGUCCUUCUGGUCGGAGCCGCUGAUGGUUGCGGACAACCGUAAACUGUUUGAGCUGGAGGAGGAGGAUCUGUUCGCCGAUAUCCAGAACCUUCCUCGCAACGCAGCUUUACGCAAACUGAACGACCUGGUCAAGAGGGCGCGCCUGGUCAGGGUGAGUUUUACAGAAGGGUUAUACGGACAGACUGAUUUCACAUCGAUCUGAUCUUUAUUAUUUUUUCAAUAUUGCAACAAACAAACGAACAUCAAACAAAACAGAUGAAAUGGAGGUCAAAAAUAAAAUAAAUACACAAAAGAAAAAUAAAUAAAGGAAAAUAAAAAUAAGACAGGCAGGUCAGUUGGCAAGGGAAGAAAGUUAACACAUCUGUCAACCAAAACUAUCAAAUUUUUCAUUUCUCAUAUCAUCAGACAUAAUCUUGGUGAUCUGGGAAGUUCGUAAUUUAACGAUUUGCUCAUAUAGUCAAUAACUUUUCUCCCAUGAGAGGAGGAUCUUAGAACAUUCCCAUACUGCACGCCCACACUUCCAACAUCGAUCAUUAUCAAUCAAAUCCACUCUGUUCAGUCUUGAUGAUGUAAAAUAAUAUCUAUGAAUUAUUUCAUACUGGAUAAAUUUGCCUCUGGCUUCUCUUCUGUGUUCUUCAGUGUCGUAGAGGAUCCUUUCCCGUGUUUCUUCAUCCACGUCGCUCUGAUCUUUCUCUCUCUCUCUCUCCCUCUGAACUCCAGGUCCACGCCCACAUCAUCAGCUACCUGAAGCAGGAGAUGCCGUCUGUCUUCAGGAAGGACAACAAGAAGAAGAAUCUGAUUUACCAGCUGCCCGUCAUCUUCUCCAAGAUCCAGCUGCAGCACAACAUUUCUGCAGGAGACUUCCCGGACUGCGCUAAAAUGCAGGUGAGCCUGAGUUCAUCUGUCUUCCAUACUGGGAACAUCUGGAGAGCAGGUCCAUAUAGAGGAAUCUGCUGCUGCUGCUUCUUAUCAUCUCCCCUAUAACAUUUUUCUGAUUUGAGCUGAAUCAUGAAUCUCUGGCUGACACUUUUUUAUCCCCUCUGAAGGAACAACUGAUGGUUCACGAUUUCACAAAGUUCAAAACCCUGAAGCCCAAUCUGAUGGCGGACCUGGAUGAGUUACUCUCUGCCGACAUCGCCAAGCUGAUGCCCCUCCUGCGGCAGGAGGAGCUGGAAGCGGGCGAUCAACCUGGCGUGCAGGGGGGAGCCUUCCUCGGUACCCGCUGUGGACCGUUUACUCUGGGCGACCCCUUUGCUGAAGAGAACGGGGAGGGAGGCGAUGAGGAAGAGGAGGAUUGGGUGGUGACCAAAGACAAGCCCAAAUACGACGAGAUCUUCUAUAACCUCGCUCCUGAUGAGGGGAAACUGAGCGGCACCAAGGCCAAGGACUGGAUGGUCAGCUCCCGUCUGCCUAACUCAGUCCUGGGUCGCAUCUGGAAGCUGUCGGAUGUGGACCAUGACGGCAUGCUGGACGAUGAAGAAUUCGCCCUCGCCAGCCACCUGAUCGAGGUCAAGCUUGACGGCCACGGUCUCCCACCUGAGCUCCCGGCACGCCUGAUCCCGCCAUCCAAACGCCGACAGAAAGGUUCUGACGCAUGAGAGAGAAGCCGCUGAGAGAGACUCUUUUCUAUUUACGAUCUCACUUCUGCUCCUGUUUUGAUUCGCUUUCGUCUUCUCUCAAACACACACGGCGAAACGUUGUGUGUUUUUCGACGACACGCAGCUUUUUCUUGAGCCUUGCACAAACGGGACACGAUGUCUGAGAGCACAGGAAGGUCUUUGGAGAGGAGAACAAGGACCUGUUAACACGCCGCACACGUCUGGUCGCUUCUUUCCUCAAAAUUUGCUUUUGAGAUUUAGAAAUAUAUCUUCUUCUAUCUGCCGAGCACCCUCUGAACCAGCAGUUUUAGUGUCUAUUUUCUAGAUAAUAUGUUAAAUUCAGCAUUCCUUGAGAAUUAGGAUUUGAAGGGCACAGUAUUAAAGAGGUGACUUUUUUAUGUUUAAGUCCGGUCAUUCCAGUAAAGUUAUCAUCUGCAAAUGUUAUAUUUGAACACUCGUGUUACUCGAUGAUUCAAACCAAGUAUUUUGAACCCAAACUGGCAGCACAAAUCUCAUAAACUGCUUUUUUUUCCUGCUUUACAUUACACCAUUUUUGUUAAACACUCAAUAUUUUUGGUUUUGUAUUUGUCGCUGUUGUUUUGUAUGUGCAGGAGCGAGACCUCAGUUACAUUUUUCAACUUUUCAACUCGACUGAAUGAGUGAUAUAUUUACUGACUACUGUGCACAGCUCCAUCAACUGUUCUUAUGUUAACUAUUAAUGUAACCAAUAAAAUUCUCAGACUGUGAC